AUGAAACCAUUUGACAAAUCCUUGUCAUCUCGCAGCAAGUCAACGUAUCCUAAGAAAGUGGCACCACCUCCACCAUCCCAAAUAGCGACACCAAGCAAGAAGCGACAUCGAGACCUGCGGAGACCUGCGUGUCGUUAUCGGCCAGGAACACGAGCACUCAUGGAGAUAAGAAAAUAUCAAAAGUCAACCGAUCUGUUAAUAAGAAAAGCCCACUUCUCCAGACUGGUGAGAGAAGUCUGCAUGGAGUUUACUCGUGGUGUGCCAUACAUGUGGCAAAGUAUGGCAAUCAUGGCAUUACAAGAGGCAGCUGAAGCCUUUAUGGUGCGACUCUUUGAAGAUUCUUCCCUCUGCUGUUUGCACGCCAAAAGUGUCACCCUCUUUGUUCAAGACAUGCAGUUCUCUCAGCGGAUUCGAGGGUCGCACCAUGGACGUUAUAAAAUACUGAUAGUCCAAGUAGGAGUAUAG